AUGCCUUUGCUCAGCCUGAUUCUCCAUGUCCGCAUUCCCUUCUACAACCUUUACUUUCUUCGAUCCUGGAGGCACAUUGUCAACAUGAGCUAGCACGCGUUCAAGAAGCCUCUUUCCUUGCACAGAACGCCUAGAAAUGGCAUCUCAGCUAUGUCUGGAGGACUACACAGUAGGGUGGAUUUGCGCCCUCCCAGUCGAGCUGGCAGCUGCGGAAGAACUGCUCGAUGAGGAGCACGAGACGCCUGAAUACGAUACCCGCGACACAAACAUCUACACCUGCGGAAGAGUUGGUAACCACAACGUCGUGAUCGCCUGCCUGCCCGAAGGCCAGAUAGGCACAAACUCAGCUGCAGCAGUCGCCGUGCAGAUGAAGUCGACUUUCACCUCAACCCGCUUCGGUCUAAUGGUCGGCAUCGGAGGCGGCGUUCCCACCGAGGACACCGAUGUGAGACUUGGUGAUGUGGUGGUCAGUAAGCCACACAAGGGGCAUGGCGGGGUUGUGCAGUAUGACUUUGGGAAGGCUACCCAGACGGGGUUUGAGCGAAUAGGCUCGCUCAACUCGCCGCCUACAAUACUCCUUAAUGCUGUUGCGAGAGUGCAGGCUAAGCACAUAAGGGGAAGAGGCAAGUGGCUGGAAUACCAUUCUAAGCUUGCCACCCUGCCUGCAUUCGGGCGCGAGGCUGCUGGUCCAGACGUUCUUUUCGAAGCGGAGUACAACCAUGAGGGAGGGACUACAUGUAGAGAGUGUAACCAAGAUCGUUUGUUAGCUCGAGAGCCAAGCUGGCGGGAAGCGAAAGUGCAUUAUGGAACAAUCGCAUCUGGUAACAAGGUCAUAAAGACGGCUACCAAGAGAGACAGGCUUAGCGCAGAGCUUGGUGGGGUGCUUUGUUUCGAGAUGGAGGCUGCAGGCCUUAUGAACAGUUUCCCUUGUCUGGUGAUUCGUGGUAUCUGCGAUUACGCUGACUCGCACAAGAAUAAGCAAUGGCAGAUGUAUGCAGCAGGAACGGCAGCAGCAUACGCAAAGGAAGUGCUAUCCAUAAUUCCUCCAGGCCAGGUGCAGGCACAGAAGAAGAUUGUCGACGUUCUCUCAAACCUCCAAGAGACUGCGGCAAAGCGCCAGCUUAUUGCAGAAGAGCAUUUAGACAUUGCGCGGAAGCGGUUAAAGAUGCAGCACACAGUAAGCGAACAAGAGUUCGAGGAUCGACAGAAAGAGGUCCUCCAAUUAUUUCGUCUUACCAAGAGCACUCAGGAUGCCACCUACGAGUGGUACAAGGAUCGCAUAGAAGACCGGGUAGAAGGCACAUGCAAUUGGUUUCUUGAACACGCCCACUUUCAAGAAUGGCUCAAACAAGUCUCAGGGCCGCUGUUGGUCUCCGCAGACCCUGGUUGUGGAAAGUCGGUCUUAGCAAAGUAUCUAGUAGAUCAUGUCUUACAAGAUUCGGCGACUGUCUGCUACUUCUUCUUCAAGGAUCAGGACCAAAAUACUGUCUGUCAAGCGCUCUGCGCACUACUGCACCAACUCUUCUGUCAGAAACCAGCUUUACUCAAGCAUGCUAUAGAACAGUGCGAACAGAAUGGUGAGGGUCUAAUCAACUCAACAAAGUCACUCUGGGCAGUCUUGGAAAACGCGGUGCAAGAUAGUGAAGCAGGACCUGUUAUCAUACUUCUAGAUGCCCUGGAUGAGUGUGCCGAGUCAGAAUUCGAGGAUCUGAUGCGCAACAUCGAGGGUCAAUCUCGCAAAAGUCAGUUGUCUCAUGGGACACUAAAAUAUAUAAUGACGAGCCGGCCAUACCAGCAGAUAGUAGGGAGAUUUCAGGGCCUGAUUAAGUCUUUUCCGCACAUCCACAUACCCGGGGAAGAGGAAUCGGAAGCCAUCAGUCAUGAGGUUAACCGUGUUAUCGAGUAUCGGGUUAACCAGUUAGCAAGGGACGAACAACUUUCCAACGACACCAAAACUGCUCUACGAGAUGCAUUACUUCAGGUCGAACACCGCACGUACCUCUGGGUGUAUCUAGUGUUUGACUAUUUAAAGUCUCAAGGUUUCAAGAAAACUAAGAAGGGGAUUCAGUCAGCUAUUGAAGUAUUACCAAAAACUGUCAGCCAGGCGUACGAGAAGAUUCUAAGCAAAUCUAAAGACCACACAAUGGUCCAGAAGUCUUGGCAAGAUCUAGACCUUGAAAGAGAAGAAGACUUUAAAUCUCGUCUGAGAUCGUGCUGCGGGCUAUUCAUCUCAGUCUAUCAUAGGAGAGUUUACUUUCUUCAUCAGACCGCCCGUGAAUUUCUCAUAGCGGAUGUGUCACCAACUGCGAGCGUGCUUCAACAUGUGCGAUGGGAACACUCAAUUGCAAUGCAGCACGCGCACAGGAUUCUCGCAGGGAUGUGUCUAUAUUACAUCAGCUUCUAUGGCUCAGAACCAAGAUCGACGACAAGUACUAUAAGGCAAGAUGGUGGAUAU